AUGGACAUGCCGGCCGCCGGAGAAGACCUGACAAAGGGCCGUCAGCCACCAGAGCUCCUGAUGUCCCCAGAACUUCAGACUCAACUCGACAACUGGCGGAUGACCGGCGAGUCACCUCUGCCCGAGCUACAGAUGCACGAUACAGUGUAUUGGACUCGAUUUUCGACCAUCGAUCUGCGUCUUAUCCACCACGUCGUAACCCUUUCGACAGAUAUGAACAACAGGGGCUAUAGUACCUGCACCGUCUGGGGAUUUAGGAUGAAAUCUCUUAUCUCUGUUGCUCUUUCACAUGAUUUCGCGAUGAGUGCGUUGCUUGCGUUGUCGGCAUCGCAUCUUGCAUUCCAGACGUUGAAUGACGACACCAACAACCUGGCAUUCCACCAUCGAGGCGUGGCCCUGAAGGGCCUUCAUGAAGCAAUUGGGUCUUUUUCACGAGACAACUCCGAAGCCGUCCUCGCGGCUUCAAUUCUCUUGUCGUGGCAGGCGACUGAUUGGCGAGGCUGGGCCUCCCUGCAGCAAGGCUUAUCGACUGUUCUGAGCGCAAUGAGACAAUGGAUACACGAAUCGGAAUUGGCAAAAUACAUAGAAACUCAGCGAACAGUCGCUCGAGCCCGAACUCCCGCGACGCCAACCAUGCCUCAUGCACCACUGGCCAUUCCCAACGAGGACCUUCGCCGAGUGGAGCAGAUUACAACGGCUCUGCAUAAUUUGCGUCUACGACUUUCCAACAGCGAAGAGCUGGCAGACCACACGAGACGCCUGGCCGACUACGUCCGAGAACUACAGCGAGACUUACACAUUCAAGCACCAGACGAGGCUUUUACCAGAUUACAGCAUCUCCGAGACCUGAUUUUCUGGUUACCACCGCUCAUUCUGCGCGCGGGCGAGUCUGACUUGGCUCCGCUGACUCUCCUCUCUCAUCUGUAUGCCUGUGCUCUCGCGAUCGAACCUUUAUUCCCUGAAAUCGGCGGCGCAUAUUUGGGCAGCAUGGCCGUGCUUCCUCUCGAGCGCGUCCAUGAUGUGCUGAGAACGAGGAGAACGACCCAGCCCCAAGAUGCAGGUGUCCAGGUGGCGCUGUCUCUCAUAGAUGUACCCAUGCAGAUCAUGAAUGCAUAUCGAUUGAAACAGCGACAAAACAACCCAGGCAGCCAGAGCAGUCAACUAAUGGACAUGUAUCGGUACUCACCUUCAGCGAGCCCUUAUAUGGCCCCGCAGGGACCAAUGCGAUCCCCCACACCCGAUACCUCAACAACAUCAAUAUAUUCCAAUUCACCUCUUCAUGCGCAUGGCAGCGUCUCCAUGUCGGGGACAUCGUACUAUCAGCUCGGACAUGGGCCCGGAGAAUUACGACGCGACUCAUCUAUUUCAUCUCUUGGACGGACACCUUCGAUGAGCGAACGGAGCAUGGGCGCUGGCAGUCCUCACGCGAUGAGCAUGGUUUACGGAUCUCCAGCACAACAGCCUCACAGCAGCCACGAGAUCCUAGGGUCGAGGAUGGACUACUUUGGGCAAAUUCAGGCACCGUACAAUCCAUACGGCAGCAUGAAUAUGAAUACUCGGUUCGUCACUCCUUCACAACUCUGGACUUGA